AAAAGGUCUUCGUUCCAUUUUGCUCCACCCCUUAUUAAUGUCCCCUUUUCCCGUUUAGAAAUAAAAUACAAAUGCUAUACGCAAUUUCUAGGGCCGUUUUCACGGCAAUCGGCAAUUGACGAGGGGCAUCCUCGCUUCUCAUCACCAAGGCAGGUGAGCUUGACAACGAAGCUAGUUUCUUUUUACAGCAGUUCAUCAUGGAGGUCUGGGCUUCUACUUCGACGAGCGACAUGGAAGACGGACACAACGCAGAAGGAAUGGAGGCACUGGCAAACGCAUAUGGGCAGUUGGAGUUGGAAGAAGAUGAUGAGGUCCUCGUUGUCAAGCCUGCGGCACAAAACUCUUCUAAAUACAAAUUGGCCCCGAUCGGAACUAUUACAUCAGAAAAGUCGGUACGUUUUGUCUCAGUUUAGAGAUAUCAUGGCGUCUGUGUGGAAACCCGAAAAGGGUGUUACUAUAACUGAAAUUGGCCCUAGGAGGUAUGUCUUUCAAUUUUAUAAUGAGGAAGAUAUGAAUAGGGUAGCAGAUGAGGGACCGUGGGUAUUUGAUCAAAACCUAAUUGUGUUGAGUAGACUUAAAGAGGGUGAUAUUCCUAUAUCUGUCCCUUUGAACAAAGCUGAUUUCUGGGUUCAAGUUCAUGACAUCCCAGUGGGAUAUUUCUGUUUAGACAAUGUGGAACGUAUUGGAAACUUUUUGGGGAAUUUAUAAAAGCUGAUGAAAAUAAUUUCUCCGAGAAUUGGGAGUCCUUUAUGAGAAUUUGGGUUCGUAUUGAUCUGGAAAACCCCCUGAAAAGAAAGUUAUUUUUGCAAAAAAAGAGGAAGGAGUUAGUUUCCGAGUCAGAUUUUGUUACGAGAAACUGCCAAGCUUCUGCUUCUUGUGUGGAAUAAUAGGCCACGCCGAGAGUUAUUGUCCUCGUAAGAGGAGGGAUUCCGAUGGAACUGGUGAAAGACCUUUCGGGCCUUGGCUUAGGGCAGCAAAAGGAACAAAGCAAUGGAAGGAGAACACAUGGCUUGUCCCAGCAGGUAAAGGAAACUCCUUGAGUAGCCAGACUAAUGGCGGAAAUAGGGAGGAUGUUAUGCGUUCAAGCGUCCUAGAGGUGGGCCCUCUCCAAAAAAGAGAGAGGGAACCUCGAGCAGAAGCGCGGACAAGUGGAGGAGUUAGACGGUUACCAGAUGGGGGAGGAGAUGGAGCUCGGCAAUGCAGUGGGGAAACGGAGAGGAGGCGAGCUACAAGUUUGUGGCUCGCCAGACACAUAACUGACAGAUAGCCUGUCAAAGCACGGAGGAAUUAAUAAGGCAGGAGGCCAUGAAUACUUUUAUUAUUUUUAUGCUUUUUACGUUUCGUUGAAUCAUGUUGCUUUUAUUUCUAUUCUGAACUUUAGAGGUAGGUGGAUGCUUUGUUUUUUAUUUUUUUGCUCAGGACUUUUAUGUGGGUGGAAGCGAUAAGGCUAGUUUGGCCGUUAAAAGCUUUGAAGAUCUCACAUGGUCCGCGAAUAGUCUCGCUCCUUUCGGGGUGGUCUAUUCUAUGUCUAGCCAGAGAGUGGGAGGGCCUUUUGGCUAUGCGGAGCCUCAUGAGGAGGUUUGGCGAUGUUCGGUUGGAUGUACUUGGAGAAGUUUGG